AUGAAGCGUCUAUUGAAUACAUUUUUCAUCUUUAAUCUAUUGGCAAGCGUCGUAGCGGAUACGAGCAAAUGUCAAACCAUCACCGAGAAACCAGAUAAUAACGUGGCGUUCGUUUGUACCGAAUUGACGAGUUUGACGGAAUUAGAGAAAGCGGGUAGUAACAUCACCAGCAUCGAAAUUUCUGAUUCGAAGAUACUUAAUGUACCUGGACAUAGUUUCGCAAGAUUUGGCUUGACCCUCGUAAAUCUGGAUCUGCACGGAUCAGGGAUCGAGACCAUAGAUUCUUUGGCGUUCAUAGGCCUCACGAGACUCCAGAAUUUAAUACUAUGGGGCAACAAAUUGAGAGCUGUGUACAGUAACUGGUUCAUGAACACGUACAGCUUGAAAACCCUCGACCUAUCGUUCAACUUUAUCGAAGUAAUCGACUACAAUACGUUCCCUCUGCUUCCCAAUUUGGAGAAUUUCUACUUCGAUUACAACCAAAUUAAAUAUAUCGACUACAAUAUGUUCGGCUAUCUUAAAAGCCUUAAAAACAUCAAGUUCGAAAAGAACCCGUGGCAGUGGGGAUUUCGUGCACAUUUGAUAUGGCAAUUGGAAAAUCUUCAUGUGAAGUAUAACGAAGAAUGGGAAGAUUGGAACUGGAUGAGCGUCAUGAUCAAAGAUUGUGCGGAGAGUGGUUACGGUGAAAUUCCUAAAGACACAGUCCUCGAUUGUGUCGUUGCUAAGUUACUGGAUUACACCUACAAAAUAUUUUCCCCGAGAGAGAUGCAACAAUCCGCCGCUUGCACCACUCAGGCGCGACAGUUGGUAACUUGUAUGAGGCCUAAGAAUGCAACCGGUAAUACGGAUAACGAGACCGCGAGAAGAGUACUCGAGGACUACGCUGCGAUUUUACCGACAAUGUCACGAUCGCUAGCUCGAUUUUCGACACCGUCGCAUUAGUGUCUUUUAAUACUUCGAUGC